AUGAAGUCGCAGGAGCUGGUGUUGCGUUUGGGUCUCUUGUUUCUGGCGGUGACGGUCGCCACGGCCACCUUUCCGAAGGUCAGGAUCCAAAGUUUCGAAAUGGCCAAGUGCCCCUAUUGCAGCCAGUUCAAGCUGCAGUGGAACUCGCAGGUGAUGCAAGCCCCCGGAGUGCGUGACAUCAUGGACAUGCAGGAGUUCUUCGUCGGCCGCUACUCCGGCGGCGAGUUCGAGUGCCUCCACGGACCGGGAGAAUGCGUGGGCGAUCUCUUCCUGCUAUGCGCCCACAACCUCACGGUGACGCACAACCCCUGGGGCUGGUGGGAUCUGGCCGUGUGCAUGCAGCGAGACUACAAGAACAUUCCGGACAAUAUCCCCUCCUGCACGAACCAGACCAGGGGCAUGGACUACGCCCAGAUCAACGCUUGCGCGACGGGCUCGCUCGGUGUCCAGCUGUUCAGGGAGUCCAUCGCCUACGGCAACGCGCAGGGCAUUUACGAGACGCCGACGACGAUCAUCAACGGCAAGACCUACGUCGGCGGACCCGACCACCCGCUGCAGACGAUCUGCGAUGCCUACACCGGACCUCGUCCCCUCGGCUGCAAGCAGGCCGUCAUCUCCAUCUGA